GUCGUUGUCAAAUGUUAUUAAUUGUCAACUUGUCGAUCGAAAAAUCAAAAUAAAUCCUGACUUUUGAAUUUUGUCUCAAAAAAGUAACAAUUAUUGCUUAAAAAUGAGUAAAGUACCUUUGCGAGAUAUUUCGCCUAUAAUGCAGGCUAUAAGAAACUUCCUCCUUGGAAGAAAACAUACAACUGCCUUGAGAUCUGAGCACCUCAUAGCAGCUAGGACUCAGCCUCCUCCACAAAUUCCUGAUGGGGUUUCGCACAAGCACGCUCACAACUACUAUUACUCACGAGAUGCUCGUCGGGAAGUUGCACCACCUCUAGAUGUAACUCAAAAAUUGAUUGCUGAUAGCAGUGCUGAUAAAGGAACACCAAAAGCUGCAGCUAAUGUUAGGCCCACUCCAGGCCCGCUGUUCCAGUGGGAUAAACACUAUGACUAAUAAUAAUUAAUAUUUAUAAUAGAUGAAAUUAAAAUUCUGUUGUUUUUAAUUUAAUUGUAAAAAUAUAGAUAUCGCUUUUGA